GAUUGGUUACAACAUCAAACACGCCUCCAACCGCCAGGUGACGGGUGUUUGGACGCUGCAGAACAUUACUACUGUAUUAAAUAGGAUGUCAAAAUAGUCCGCGACUUGUGAGAAUUGCCUUAAUAAUGACUGAAACUGACUUGGGUCUGGCAUGCCAACAUGUCCUUCUUGACAAAACGCCAGUUCAGCUGCUUCACGAAUAUGGCACUAAAACUGGCAAUGUGCCUUUUUACAUGAUGGAGAGAGCAGAUGGAGAAGCCCACCAACCGCUCUUCAUCUUUAGUCUUACCAUUGGAGACAUCACCUGUACAGGCCAGGGUCCCUCUAAAAAAGCCGCCAAACAAGAGGCUGCAAUGGUGGCUCUGAAAAUACUGGAGUUAGACGUUGAAAAAUGCCCUCCAAAUCAAAGGAUUGAAAAUAAUGACUGUGGUGGUGAAGCAAACGACCAGCCUAAUCCAGUAGGAAUACUGCAGGAGCUUGCGAUGCAGAGGUCAUGGCGUCUCCCAGAAUACAUAGUAUGUUCAGAAGCAGGUCCGGAUCAUAAGAAAGAGUUUACAGUAAUUUGCCGGUUGGAGACACUCUCAGAAAAAGGUACCGGGAGCUCUAAAAAGAAUGCCAGAAGAGUAGCAGCAGAAAAGAUGUUGGAAAAACUACAUUGUCUCUCAGGGUCUACUGAGAUUACAUGGAAUCCAAAACCACAUGUAUACUUGGAGAGUUUCAGGAACUCUGAGUCGGAGAAGAUUUUGUUACUGAGGAGGAAUCCUCUCAGUAUUCCCAACAUGGACUAUGUACAGAUGAUGCUGGAGUUAUCGCAGGAGCAGGGCUUUGAGGUCACAUAUUUUGACAUAGAUGAACUUACAGUAAAUGGGCAGUACCAGUGUUUGGCUGAGCUGUCCACCAUGCCAGUUACAGUAUGUCAUGGUACAGGAAUCUCCUGCAGUAAUGCACACAAUGAUGCAGCUCACAAUGCUCUGCAAUACAUUAAGAUCAUGGCCAGCACCAAGUAAUCACCAGCUACAACCUUCCAGUCCACACUGCAUAGAUAAUAGCUUUAAAUGAACCAUCAUGAACAAAUUGGAUCAAUGUCUGAAAGUAUGCUCUGCCCAAUGUCUUAAGCUUGGCUGCAACUACAGACAUUUUGUUUAAGCUGAAGUCAGUUACUUAUUAAGAGAGAUUUAUUUAUUCCUGAUGAGUGUGUGACAACUAGGAAUCAUAGAAUCAGUUCUGACCGUAGUGUAUAUAAUUUUCUCAUCAAAACCAGCCAUUAUUGACAAGUUGUUCACACUCUAGAAACAGAGCACUAUAUAAACAUCAUCUGGAUUCUUUAAAAGAUUUCUUGGUUUAUAAAACGUUAACCAGGCUUUAUAUGAACUAGCUGGGGGAGAGAGAAAAUUUGGAUAGAGAAAAGACAUAUUUUAUGAAGUGUGCCGUGUGUGAAGGAGUUUAUAUUUCUCGCUGACAUUUGUAUGUGAAAAUGAAAUGUUAUAUUUUUAAAUCCUUAUUUUGAAUGUGUUUUGUUUAUAUUUACUCCUAAUUAUUUAGACGAAUCAUUAAUUCCUCUAUUCCUCUAUCUAUAUAAUACAAUUAAUUUAGUAUAUCUAUUUAUAAUUAUUCAUGGCUAUUGCAAGUCAAAUAAACCAUUUUCUUUUAUUAUUGAAA